GCUGUCCCUUUCUUCCAGAGGGGCAGAGAGAGCGCGAGAAAUAAGCGGAAGAACGAGCGAGGGGAGAGUGAGAACGAAUCAGAGGUUCGAUCUUUGUGAUCUUUUUCCCAGAUUAUUGCUCUGAAUUUGUGUGGAUUUGGCUCAAAUCUGCUCUCCGAUUCGCUGUGACGCGUUGAGGGAGGAAAUGCGGGGGAUUACAGGUGCCGGUUGAUCUCUUCCUCCUCCUUUUUUCAUAAAAAGUCGCUCAUUUUGGACCUCUCCAUCGAUUCUGGAAUCGAUUACUAGGCCUCAGAGGCUAAUCCAAUAAUGAUGGUUUUAUCUGCCGCAAUUUCGAGGCCCAUGGGGUCCUUCGCGGUUUCUUUUCUCGCGGCCUGAAUUGCCCGGGGCGGUUGGAGGGAUUCCGGCUGAGAGUUAACCGUCGAAUUCGAUUAUUUGGUGUUUUUUGUAGGAAGAACGGUUGUAACUUGAGCAGGAAUUUGAUUCUGAUCGCCUUGUUGUUUGUUUUGAUGGUUUCUGAGGAAAAAACUGUUUGUUUGGGAUGUGUCAGCAUUUGUCUGAUUAUUGUAUUACUAGGGUUUGAGAUGGGAAAUAGAACCGGUGACCAGUUUUGAUUAUGUUUUUCUUCUUUUGAAGGAGUAAUUUCAUGCUGGUGGUUGAAUUAGAGGCGAUUUAAGAAUUCCGUGGCCCAACAUUUCCUGUGGAAGUGCCUUCAGGGCAGUCAAAUUCCCUGGAAUCAAGGUUUUCGAUUCAUAUGGAGCUAGGAUUUGAAUCUGGAUUACCUUGAAUGGUAAAAAUGUCGGGGAUAUUUGGGAUAGUUGAGAUUGCCUGUUUGUUGCAAUUGUAUGGGAAGUCUGUCAUAUUCUGUUAAGAUUGGUUGGAUCUGAGUUUUGAUUGAUGUCUGUUAUAAGCUUAACAGGAAGGUUUCAAAGUUAUUAUUUUUUGUAUGUUUCAAUUGAAUUGCUGGUUGUUUAUUUGAGAGAAUCAGUUGGUUCAUGGAAUUUCAAGAUAGGAUUCCUAAGGAUUCCAUAAGAAGUUAAGAUUAUUCUGCACUAGUAUUUGAUCAUCCAAUUGGCCACACACUUUUUGAAAGGUUCUGAAGAAGGAAUAAUACAGAUUCUGCUUGGUCGUAUCUCGAGAGGAAGCUGAAUUGUAUCAUUGUUGUUGUUGUUGUUUUUGUUUUCAAUUGAGUUGGGUGUGGAGGGUGAAAAUAGCAAAUUCUGCCAUUUGGUUUUUUUUGGCAUCAGAUGAAUAUUUCAGUAUGACUUGGAUUUGGAGGGUCCAUCAUCGAUGGAAACCUCUGAUAAGGCAUUCUCUGAGAUAGUUGGCAUCCUGAGGUCCUUGAUCCCUCGACGGUCUGAGCCUGCAAAUGUAUCAAGGGACUUUUGGAUGCCCGACCAUAGCUGUAGGGUUUGUUAUGAGUGUGAUUCACAAUUCACAAUAUUCAACCGCAGACACCAUUGCCGUCUUUGUGGGCGUAUUUUUUGUGGAAGGUGCACUGCAAAUUCGGUCCCUGUUUUGUCUGAUGACCCAAAGAGUCGCCGAGAAGGGGGGGAGCGGAUCCGGGUUUGUAACUUUUGUUUUAAACAGUGGGAGCAGGAAGUAGCAGUUGCUGAUAAUGGGGUUCAAGCAUAUGGUCCAAUCAUUAGUCCUUCACUUUCAACAACCAGUUUGGUUAGUACCAAGUCCAGUGGGACUGUUAACAGCACAGCCACAACCAUCUGUUCCUACUCAACUGGACCUUAUCAGCAUGUUCCAUAUGGUUCUGGCCCUAGUCCUGGCCAUUCUGCAAACGUUGAAACCUUUGCAGAUAAUCAGGAUUCUCUAAUAUAUGGAAGGGGCAUGGACAUCAGAGAUCCAUCUCCACCCAGUCAAUUAAGUUAUUCUAUGAACAGGAGUGGUGACAGUGAUGAUGUGUAUGGUUUAUGCCCUUCUAAUUUGGAAGCACAAAGUUUUCAGCAUUCUGAUGACUUCUAUGGCCAAGUUGAGUUUGAUGAGGUUGACCAGGAUUUCCAUUCAAAUGAACUGCAUCCUGCUGGAGAAAAUAUUGAUGCCAAGGAGAUCUGCUCCCCACUUCAUGACAACACAGAAUUUCAUGCAGGCUUAGAUGUUGAUAAGAUGGAGGAAGAAGCUGAACCUGAUAAUAGCUAUGAAUGUGAUGCUGCUUCCAUCUAUGGAAUGGAAAAUGCAGAUGCAGAGCCUGUGGACUUUGAGAACAAUGGACUACUUUGGCUUCCUCCUGACCCAGAAGAUGAAGAAGAUGACAAAGAGGCUGUUCUAUAUGAUGAUGACGAUGAAGAUGCUUCCGGAGAGUGGGGAUAUCUUCGCUCAUCAAAUAGCUUUAGCAGUGGUGAGUACCGGAGCAGAGAUCGGUCGAGUGAAGAGCAUAAGAAGGCAAUGAAAAAUGUGGUCGAUGGACAUUUUAGGGCUUUGAUAUCUCAACUACUGCAGGUUGAAAAUCUUCCUGUGGGGGAGGAAAAUGAUAAGGGAAGUUGGUUGGAAAUAAUUACAUCUUUAUCAUGGGAAGCAGCUACUUUCCUUAAGCCAGACACUAGCAAGGGAGGAGGAAUGGAUCCGGGUGGGUACGUGAAGGUUAAGUGCUUAGCCUGUGGAAAUCGUAGUGAAAGCAUGGUUGUAAAAGGAGUUGUAUGUAAGAAGAAUGUGGCACACCGGCGCAUGACAUCCAAAAUAGAAAAACCUCGUUUUCUAAUUCUUGGAGGGGCUCUUGAGUACCAGCGAGUAACAAAUCUGCUGUCUAGUUUUGAUACUUUGCUGCAGCAGGAAAUGGAUCACUUGAAAAUGGCAGUUGCAAAGAUUGGUGCUCACCACCCCAAUGUCCUUCUGGUGGAGAAAUCAGUGUCUCGGUUUGCCCAAGAUUAUCUUUUAGCAAAGAACAUUUCGCUUGUUUUGAAUAUCAAGAGGCCCCUCUUGGAGCGUAUGGCCCGCUGCACUGGUGCACAGAUAGUACCUUCUAUUGACCAUCUGUCAUCUCAGAAACUGGGGUACUGUGAUUUAUUUCAUGUGGAAAAGUUUGUUGAAGAACAUGGUGGUGCAGGGCAGGGUGGGAAAAAAAUGAUGAAGACUUUGAUGUUUUUUGAAGGGUGCCCGAAGCCCUUGGGUUGCACUAUUUUGCUUAAAGGUGCCAAUACUGAUGAGUUGAAGAAAGUGAAACAUGUGGUCCAGUAUGGAGUUUUUGCAGCCUACCACUUGGCUUUAGAAACAUCUUUUCUUGCAGAUGAAGGUGCCUCUCUACCAGAACUCCCCUUGAAGUCUCCAAUUACUGUCGCACUGCCUGAUAAACCUUCUAGCAUCGACAGAUCCAUUUCCAUAAUACCUGGCUUCACAGCCUCUGCUGCUGGCAAGCCCCAACUUGGUAGUGAUGCUCAAAGACCCCAUACAUCAGAUCCAUCUCUAGAAUUACUGAAUUCUGAAAAAAUGGUAAAGGUGGCAUCAUUAUAUUCCUCUGAAAGCACAAACCCUCAAAUGGCAGAUUCCGCCUCUUCAUGUAGCUUAUUAUCUAUUGAUACUCAAGGGUUUUCUGUGGAGAACAACCAGGCUGAGCAAGUUGUGGAACCAACAAGCAGGCCAUCUGUAUCUUCUUUAUCUACUUCUGGUGUAGUCUCAAAUUUUUCACCUGGACAUGAUGCCAUGAAAGAGAAAAAUAAGGUUUGCUUUGGAGAAUGUGACAAUGCUGAAACAUUUGGACCUGAUGACCCUGCAAUUGAGCAUGACUCUGUUGUCCCAGGCAGCUGUAAUGAUAGUUUGGAGACCUCAGAAAGGUCUGGUGUAAUGGCAGAUACUGAAAUCAAAAGCAGUAAUAUGGUAGAAAAGCAAGCUGGCUCCUUCAGUUUGGCAACUUUAUGUCAAGAUAUUGACCAGAGGCCUGACAACACAUCGAUAAAGGAAGAAUUCCCACCUUCUCCUUCUGAUCAUCAGAGCAUUUUGGUUUCUCUGUCAACCCGUUGCGUGUGGAAAGGAACUGUUUGUGAGCGCUCACAUCUCUUUCGUAUCAAGUACUAUGGCAACUUUGACAAACCUUUAGGCAGAUAUUUACGUGACCAUCUUUUUGACCAGAGUUAUAGGUGCCAUUCUUGUGAUAUGCCUUCAGAAGCUCAUGUUCAUUGUUACACGCAUCACCAGGGCAGUCUGACUAUAUCUGUUAGAAAGCUUCCAGAGAUUCUUUUGAAAGGAGAACGAGAUGGCAAGAUCUGGAUGUGGCAUAGGUGCUUACGGUGUCCUCGUAACAGUGGAUUCCCUCCAGCAACCCGUAGAGUUGUGAUGUCUGAUGCUGCUUGGGGUUUAUCUUUGGGUAAAUUCUUGGAGCUUAGCUUUUCAAAUCAUGCUGCUGCAAGUAGGGUAGCUAGCUGUGGCCAUUCUCUUCACAGAGACUGCCUCCGAUUUUAUGGGUUUGGAAAAAUGGUUGCUUGCUUCCGUUAUGCAUCAAUUGAUGUUCACUCUGUAUACCUGCCUCCUCCCAAGCUUGAUUUCAAUUAUAUGCAUCAGGAGUGGAUACAGAAGGAGGCGAAUGAGGUGGCUGAUGGGGCAGAACUUUUGUUCAAUGAAAUUUUAAAUGCUUUACACCAAAUUGCUGAGAAAAAGCUCAUUAAUGGUAGCAUGAAAGUACCAGAAUUAAGGCAUCACAUUGUUGAACUUGAAGGAAUUCUGGAGAAGGAGAAGGCUGAAUUUGAGGAUUGCCUGCAUAGAGUACUGAAAAAGGAGGCGAGGAAGGGGCAACCAGUCUUUGAUAUUCUUGAGGUUAAUAAGCUAAAGAGGCAGUUGAUCUUUUAUUCAUAUUUAUGGGAUCAAAUGUUGAUAUUUGCUGCUGGAUCAGAUAAUGAUGAAGUUCUUAACAGUUUCAUUAUGAGAGAUAAGGAGAAGCUGACAGAUCUGAAUCUAGGACUGAAGCCACAAAAAGACUUUAAUAGUUCGGAGACUUCACCUGGAAAUUUCACAAACAAUGAAUUCCUUCAUGGGAGCACAAAUGCAGUUAACCAUCAGGAGGAUAUCAAUGAUCAUCAUACUCAUUAUUCCAGUCAUCAAAAAAGAUGUAUAGAAGUCGAUUCUUUUCAAGGGAAACAAAUCAAAACCCUUCGUUCUACCAGCACAGGUGCAAGCGAACAAUCAGUUCUUUUAGAAACUGGUCUUAUUGGCCGUCGAACCCUCUCUGAUGGGCAGUUUCCAGUUAUGUUAAAUUUAUCAGACACUUUUGAUGCAAAGUGGACAGGAGAAAAUGGUCCUUUCCUUUUUGAUUCAAGCUUGUUGGAUCCAUCAAAUUCUUUUGAAGCAGCAGGUGCAGCAUCAGUUUCGAAGGAUUCCGAUGAACGAAGUGGAGCUGAAAUUACUCAAUCCUUAGCCUCUGCAUUGCUCACCAAGUUGGGAGACAGUGCUGAGGACUUCUCAAUCUGGAUCAGAAUGCCUUUUCUGAACUUCUAUCGUCCUUUUAACAGGAAUUUGGGAAGCACUCCAAGAUUUAAUGCUCUCAAUGAGUAUAACUCUGUCUAUGUUCCUUUGUUCCGAGAGUUAGAGUGUCAGGGUGGGGCAAGGUUUCUUCUUCCUGUUGGAGUCAAUGACACAGUCAUCCCAAUUUAUGAUGAUGAACCAACCAGUAUUAUUUCUUAUGCACUUGUCUCACUUGAAUAUCAUAUUCAGAUUUCAGAUGAGUGGGAGAGAACAAGAGAUGGUGCAGAAACUUCACCUUUGUUGCCACCCUAUGAUGCAGGAAAUCUUCACCUAUCUCGGUCAUUUGAUGAAACUACUUCCGAUCCUUAUAAAAGUUUUGGAUCAGUUGAUGAUGGCAUUUUGUCUUUGUCUGGGAGCAGGGGCUCUGUAGUUUUGGAUCCACUUAUCUAUACAAAAGGAAUGCAUGUCAAAGUUUCUUUUGCAGAUGAAGGCCCACUUGGAAAAGUGAAAUAUACCGUCACCUGUUAUUAUGCAAAACAUUUUGAUGCUUUAAGGAGAACUUGCUGCCCAUCAGAGUUUGAUUUCAUAAGGUCUCUCAGUCGCUGUAAAAAAUGGGGAGCGCAGGGUGGCAAGAGCAAUGUCUUUUUCGCAAAAUCAUUGGAUGAUAGGUUCAUUAUAAAACAAGUUACAAAAACUGAACUAGAGUCAUUUAUCAAGUUUGCUCCAGAGUAUUUUAAAUACCUCUCAGAGUCAAUAGGCACUAGAAGCCCCACAUGCUUGGCUAAGAUUCUUGGUAUUUAUCAGGUUACAUCCAGGAACCUGAAGGGUGGAAAGGAACUGAGGAUGGAUGUGCUGGUUAUGGAGAAUCUUUUGUUUGGGCGGAAUUUGACAAGGUUGUAUGACUUAAAGGGAUCUUCAAGGUCACGAUAUAAUCCAGAUUCAAGUGGUAACAAUAAAGUACUUCUUGAUCAAAACUUAAUCGAGUCAAUGCCGACUUCUCCAAUUUUUGUGGGGAACAAGGCAAAGCGGCUAUUGGAAAGAGCUGUUUGGAAUGAUACUUCCUUCCUCGCGUCUAUAGAUGUAAUGGAUUACUCUUUACUGGUUGGAGUGGACGAGGAGAAGCAUGAACUGGUACUGGGAAUCAUAGAUUUCAUGAGGCAGUAUACAUGGGACAAACACUUAGAGACAUGGGUAAAAGCUUCUGGAAUUUUGGGUGGGCCGAAGAAUGUGUCUCCAACGGUGGUUUCACCAAAGCAAUACAAAAAGCGUUUCAGAAAGGCCAUGUCUGCAUAUUUUCUUGUGGUCCCAGAUCAGUGGUCACCUCCUACAAUUGUCCCCAACAAUUCACAGACUGAUGCCUGUCAAGAUAAUCAGGAGGAUGGUUGAUUCAAAACAUAAGAUGGUUUCUGUAAAUUUCAAGAUAUCAUAACAAGAUGGAGGUGUGCUUGAAGCAAAAUGGAGUAAUGCACUAUUAGCUCGAAGAACAAUUGGAGCCAAUAGAGAUUGUCUGACCAUGUGCAGUGAUAUAAAUUUAUGACCUUGGUUAUGAGUCCAUGUUCUAAUUAGAGGUAGAGAAAGCUAUACAUGAGCAGAGAGGAGUUUGAAGCUGCACAAAUUUAUAAUGGGAAGGCAGAUGAAUGAAAAAUGCAAAGUGAUUAUGAUUUUAAUUAUGUUAUUAUUUUUUUUAUGGGUAUUAAGUUCCUGUAAUUUUGGCUGAUCACGGAUAAUUCUGUUCAGUUGUUGAGUAUAAACACCUACAUGUGAUGCUGUAAUGGUAAAACCAUUGUAACAUACAUAGAUCAAGGGAGACAUGGGUUCGAUGUAUUGCAAUCUAGGAUUAGUGUGGGUAGGUUCCAAAUGAACCAUGCCACUCAUGGACAUCUCUUUGCUUGUCAGCUAAUUUAAGCUUAUUUAUUUUGGAAAA